UUUCCCUUUCCACUUCUGUCUGUCCGUCGUUAGAGACAGAAGACCCACUUAACGACUAAUCAAGACGAAUUACCUCUAUCUCUCUCUAGGUUCCUUCUUCACUCACUCUUCUCUUCAACCCCAAAACCUCUCUCUCUCUCUCUCGCCAAUGGAAACCAACAAACAACAACACAAGAAGAAAAAAUGGUUCCUACCACUCAUCUUCUCUCUACUCCUCACCACCUUCCUCAUCCUCCUCUCCAUCUUCAUCUCCUCAGAUUCCUCAUCUUUACUAUACCUCACCCACUCAAGAACAAGCAAAAACACACCUCAUUUCGUUGAAUCAAAGCUCAGAAUAUCUUCAACAUCACCCCCAAACUCAGUUCCAAGGAUCGCUUACUUGAUCUCAGGUUCAGUUGGUGAUGGAGAGAGUUUAAAGAGAACCCUUAAAGCCCUUUAUCAUCCAAGGAAUCAAUAUGCUGUUCAUCUGGAUUUAGAAGCUUCUCCUAAAGAAAGAUUGGACCUUGCUAACUUUGUUAGAAAUGAACCACUUUUUGCUGAAUUGGGUAAUGUUAGGAUGAUUGUUAAGGCUAAUUUGGUUACUUAUAGAGGUCCUACUAUGGUUACUAAUACUCUUCAUGCUGCUGCACUUUUGUUUAAAGAAGCUGGGGAUUGGGAUUGGUUUAUUAAUCUUAGUGCUUCUGAUUAUCCCUUGCUUACACAAGAUGAUCUAUUACAUACACUGUCAUCUAUUCCGAGACACCUUAACUUCAUUGAGCACACAAGUGAUAUUGGCUGGAAGGAAGAUCAGAGAGCCAAGCCUGUUAUAAUUGAUCCGGCUCUUUACAGCGUCAAUAAAUCUGAUGUGUUUUGGGUGACGGAGAAAAGAAGUGUUCCCACUGCAUAUAAGCUGUUUACAGGUUCUGCAUGGAUGAUGCUCUCUCGCCAAUUUGUCGAAUAUAUGUUAUGGGGAUGGGAUAACUUGCCUAGAAUAGUGUUAAUGUAUUAUGCCAACUUUCUAUCUUCCCCUGAAGGAUAUUUCCACACAGUCAUCUGCAAUGCUGAGGAAUUUCGUAACACUACGGUGAACCAUGACCUCCACUUCAUAUCAUGGGACAACCCUCCGAAACAACAUCCACACUUCCUUACAGCUGAACACUACUGGAGUAUGGUGGAAAGCAACGCUCCUUUUGGUCGAAAAUUUGGCAGGAACGAACCUCUCUUGGAUAAAAUUGAUACCGAGCUAUUGGGACGAAAUGCCGAUGGUUAUGUGCCUGGUAUGUGGUUCAGUCAUGCAAAUCCAAACAUCACCAAACCAUAUUCUUUUGUAAAAAAUAUCACUGAACUUAGACCUGGCCCUGGUGCAAAAAGGCUUAAAAACCUCAUCAAUGGUUUAUUAUCAGCCGAAGAUUUUCGUAAAAAUCAGUGUUCUUGAGAUAUCAUUGCUGUUUUUUUCAUCACUUUAUAGAGUAACAUGCAAACGAUUGAUAUUGCUAUGUCCACUUGAUACAAGAGGCUGCUUUGAGACCAAUCAGAAGAGAACAGAGAACACAGAGGAUAGCAGCUUCUUAAGAAUCACAGCUUAUAUAUUUUUAUUUACACUAAUUUUUACACGAUCAAGAAUUUGUUGUCAAUGUGUAUUAUCAACUGCUUCACAUUAUUCUUUAUAUUUUACUGGAUUACUAUGACAAGCCACCAAUGCAAUGGGGUUGUACUCUGUAGAAUGUUUUUGUAGCAAAUAAAUUAGUAUGAGGGAUUUCAGUGUAUAACACAUGCUUGUGUCUAUUUGAUUGUAAACUAGGAAGUACGGAUACUGGAAAUUCUAUGGUGAAGUCAUUCAAUUGACUUUUUUGGUGAAGUUAUCCUACAUUCAAUAAUAAUUCGCCACGUGUAAUGUGUGUUGAUUGUUGAA